CACUCUUUCUCUCAGUCUUGGUUUCUUUUCCUUUAAUCCCUAGCCCCAGAAAGAAAGAGAAAAAAUGGAUCCAAAACUCAUUGAGAAAGUUCUAACAGGUAACAAAACCAUCAAGCUCUCAAGAAGAUUUGAAGAAGCAAACAACUUCGGAUCUCCACCAAACUCGCACACUAACCUCUCUCUCGCUAGAAACCAUCUCCACAACAAAUCCUACUCAGUCUUGGAGAGGGGUGAAAACGAAAAUAGUUUUAAAAGGAGGGGCAAUAAUGGAAUGAACAAAAAAUUAUGCUCAAGAGGACACUGGAGACCAACAGAAGAUGCUAAACUCAAGGAGCUUGUUGCUCAGUUUGGUCCACAAAACUGGAAUUUGAUUGCUCACCACCUUCUUGGUAGAUCAGGCAAGAGUUGUAGACUGAGAUGGUGUAACCAAUUAGACCCAAGGAUUAACAAGAAAGCCUUCACCGAGGAAGAAGAGACGAGGCUUUUAACUGCUCAUCGAGCCUAUGGCAACAAGUGGUCUUUGAUCUCACGUUUCUUCCCGGGUCGGACCGAUAACGCCGUCAAGAACCAUUGGCAUGUCGUCAUGGCUCGACGGACUAGAGCAAGUGAACGACAACAGGCUCUUCAUGCACCGUCAGGAAACGCAGAAAUGACGGUCUCGUCUGUGUACCGCUAUAAUCGUGGUGGGUUCUUCGGUAGGGUUGCGGAGGGUACUUUGGUCAACGAAGCAGAUGACGACGAUGGUUCAGCUGUCUCUACUUGUACGACGGAGCUCUCUCUCACUCCGCCUUCUUCAACUCACCAGCCACGCUUCUUGCACGACGAUAAUACCCUUGCAUCAGGUAAAGAUGGUCAGUGUGUGCAGAUAGCAGAAGUAAAUGGCAUAUGUAGUAAUAAGAUGGACCAUCAAAAUCACUACACAACCACAGUCAGUGAAAGGGAGGUGGAGAUGAAGACGAAGAGUGGCUUUUACAUCUUUGAUUUUCUUGGAGUUGGAGCUUCUUAAUUAAUUAUAUGAGGAAUUAAGGUCAAUGAUAAGGGAACUAAUUGUGCGAUAAAGAAAAUGGUUUAGGUUCUUCUGUUUCACCGGGUUAUUUCUAGCCAUGUUUGUUUAAAUUUGAGUUUGAGCUUUCGAACAAGUUAGCUAGGGUAAGAGGGAGGGGGAAAUCAAAAGCUCUGCUGCUUUACUAAUUAAGUUAUAUCAUUAACCCAUUACA